CAAGUGGACAAAAAUAAACUGUUAAGAUUUUUUCUUUGUGUUUAAACUUUAUUCUUUAGACAUCUUUGGCCAGAAGAUGUCCAUUGAGACGUAGGCCUCAGGAGUGCUACACAGCACAUUUAAAUAUAUUGUUUUGAUUCCCAUUCUUCCUGAAAUUGUAUUUUUUUCUAAUUUGAUCCAAUUUUGCAACUUUUUCUUGACUGAUCACUCGAUUCAAAUUUAAAACCAACCUGGAUCUACAGUCAGUUUAGUCUGCAUCCAGCACCUGUUUCUCCACACCCAUCCAUCCUCGGGGUUGCUUCAUCAGUUAGUGGUUUCUUCAUCCGAGGCUAUGAAAGGAAGAGAGAAGUCCCAGCUCACACCAUCAUGCCAGAGUUGAGCAGAGAGAAUGGCAGUUGGGCUGGCAAUGUUCAAGGGACAGCGUCUUCACUUCUCUGCCAUGCUUGUCAGCCUCGACCUCUUUCCCUCUCCUCUUCGUACCCUCUCCUCACCUCCAAGACUGCAUCUGUUCUUCUUCCUUCUCCUCCUGUUGCUCGUCCUCUGCCCAGUCUGCAAGUCGCGACGAGGUGGAGGGGGCAUGGCAGGGGGCGGUACCACCGGCAACAUUAUCGGGCCACCCCACUACCCUCCGGCCAAUCCAGUGGGAGCGGUGCCCAAGUUGGCGCAGGGCCUUAGCAUCGCCGUGGUGCUGGUGGGUAACUCAAGCGAGGUGACACUGGCUGAGGGCCUGGAGAAGGAGGACUUCUUACAUGUGCCACUGGCACCCAAGCUCGACCUGGUCACCAUGAAUGAAACAGACCCGAAGAGCAUCAUCACACGCAUCUGUGCCCUCAUGUCUCGCCACUGGCUACAGGGAGUUGUAUUUGGGGACGACACUGACCAAGAGGCUAUUGCUCAGAUCCUCGACUUCAUUUCAGCACAGACCCACAUCCCCAUUCUGGGCAUCCGUGGGGGCUCCUCCAUGAUCAUGGCUGCUAAGGAUGACAACUCUAUGUUCUUCCAGUUUGGGCCGUCGAUAGAGCAGCAAGCCUCCGUCAUGCUUAACAUCAUGGAGGAAUACGACUGGUAUAUCUUCUCCAUCGUUACUACGUACUACCCAGGGUACCAGGACUUUGUCAAUAAGGUCCGGAGCACUAUCGAGAACAGUUUUGUGGGCUGGGAACUGGAAGAGGUGUUGCUGCUUGAUAUGUCGGUAGAUGACGGCGACUCAAAGAUACAGAACCAACUGAAGAAGCUGCAGAGUCCUGUCAUACUGCUUUACUGCACUAAAGAGGAGGCCGCCACCAUUUUUGAGGUGGCACAUUCAGUAGGCCUUACUGGAUAUGGUUACACCUGGAUUGUACCAUCGCUGGUAGCCGGGGAUGCCGACAACGUGCCCAAUGUCUUUCCUACAGGUCUGAUCUCAGUGUCUUAUGAUGAGUGGGACUAUGGGCUGGAGGCACGUGUACGUGAUGCUGUGGCAAUCAUUGCCAUGGCAACCUCCACCAUGAUGUUGGAUCGAGGUCCUCACACGCUGCUUAAGUCCGGUUGCCACGGCGCACCUGAGAAGAAAGGCCCGAAGGGAGGAAACCCAAAUGAAGUUCUAAGAUACCUCAUAAACGUAACGUUUGAGGGGCGCAAUCUCUCCUUCAGCGAGGACGGAUACCAGAUGCACCCUAAGCUGGUUAUUAUUCUGCUGGAUAAGGAGAGGCAGUGGGACAGGGUUGGCAAGUGGGAGAACGGCUCACUGACUAUGAAGUACCACGUGUGGCCGCGUUUUGAACUGUACUCAGACGCCGAGGAGAGGGACGAUGACCACCUGUCGAUCGUCACACUGGAGGAGGCCCCGUUCGUCAUUGUGGAGGACGUGGACCCCCUCAGUGGCACCUGCAUGAGGAACACGGUCCCCUGCAGGAAGCAGCUUAAAGCUCUGAACCAAACAGUAGAUUCAGGGAUCUAUAUUAAGCGCUGUUGUAAGGGCUUCUGCAUAGACAUCCUCAAAAAGAUCGCCAAAUCUGUGAAAUUCACAUAUGACCUCUACCUGGUGACCAACGGGAAACACGGCAAGAAGAUCAACGGAACUUGGAAUGGCUUGGUUGGCGAGGUGGUGUUUAAAAACGCCCACAUGGCUGUAGGCUCACUGACCAUCAAUGAAGAGAGAUCAGAGGUCAUCGACUUUUCUGUCCCCUUCAUAGAGACAGGCAUUAGUGUCAUGGUCUCUCGUAGCAAUGGCACUGUGUCCCCGUCUGCUUUUCUAGAGCCCUUCAGUGCUGAUGUCUGGGUCAUGAUGUUUGUGAUGCUACUGAUUGUAUCAGCCGUGGCUGUCUUUAUCUUUGAGUACUUCAGUCCUGUUGGUUAUAACCGAUGUCUGGCGGACGGGCGAGAGCCGGGUGGCCCCUCGUUCACCAUAGGUAAGGCCGUAUGGCUGCUCUGGGGUCUGGUCUUCAACAACUCUGUGCCUGUACAGAAUCCUAAAGGCACCACCAGUAAGAUCAUGGUGUCGGUGUGGGCCUUUUUCGCUGUCAUCUUCCUGGCCAGCUACACUGCUAACCUGGCUGCCUUCAUGAUCCAAGAAGAGUAUGUUGACCAGGUGACAGGCCUUAGCGACAAAAAGUUCCAGCGUCCAAACGACUUCUCUCCUCCGUUCCGUUUUGGCACGGUUCCCAACGGCAGCACAGAGAGGAACAUUAGAAACAACUACAAAGAGAUGCACAGCUACAUGACCAGCUUUCACCAGAAAAAUGUAGAUGAGGCUCUUUAUAGCCUAAAAUCGGGUAAGCUGGAUGCGUUCAUCUAUGAUGCUGCCGUUUUAAACUACAUGGCAGGCAGAGAUGAAGGCUGCAAACUGGUGACAAUUGGUAGCGGAUAUAUCUUCGCUACUACAGGAUAUGGUAUUGCAAUUCAGAAAGAUUCAGGAUGGAAGAGAUCAGUAGACCUUGCCAUUCUGCAGUUGUUUGGAGAUGGUGAGAUGGAAGAGCUGGAGGCGCUGUGGCUUACUGGGAUUUGUCACAAUGAGAAGAACGAGGUGAUGAGCAGCCAGCUGGACGUGGACAACAUGGCCGGCGUCUUCUACAUGCUGGGGGCGGCCAUGGCGCUGUCACUCAUCACUUUUAUAGCUGAGCACCUGUUUUACUGGCAGCUUCGCUUUUGCUUCAUGGGCGUGUGCUCUGGCAAGCCAGGCCUGACCUUCUCCAUAAGCAGAGGCAUUUACAGCUGUAUUCAUGGUGUUCAGAUCGAGGAAAACAAAUCAGGUCUUAACUCCCCAUCAGCCACCAUGAACAUGAACAUGAACAACACCCACUCCAACAUCCUUCGUCUGCUGCGUACAGCCAAGAACAUGACCUCUGUGCCUGGGGUCAAUGGCUCCCCUCACAGUGGCAUGGACUUUGGCCACCGAGACUCAGCCGUCUAUGACAUCAGUGAGCAUCGGCGCAGCCUGGCAGGUCACUCAGACUGCAAGCCCCCACCUCCGUAUUUGCCCGAAGACAAUAUGUUUAGUGACUACGUAAGCGAUGUGGAAAGGACUUUCGGGAACUUGCAUCUGAAGGACAGUAACCUGUACCAGGAUCAUUAUCUUCAUCACCAUGGGGGCACGGGAUCUGGACUGGCUCUGGGUAUGUCAGGUCCCUUGCCUAACCGACCUCGUAGCUUAGGCAGUGCCAGCUCUUUGGAGGGAGGGAUGUAUGAUUGUGACAGUUUAGGGGGAGGGGUAGCCCCCAUCUUCACCACCCAGCCCCGCCAAUCACUGACACACAGGAACAGGGAAAAAUUCGACCUGAUUGCAGGUCACCCCACCCAGUCGAGCUUCAAGUCUGGCCUGCCCGAUUUGUAUGGGAAGUUUUCCUUUAAGGGUGGGGCAUCAAGUUCAGGGUUUAUUGCAGGACAUGACAGGUACUGUGGGGGAGGUGGGGCAGGCUCUGGAGGGGAUGACGGAAAUAUACGCUCAGACGUGUCGGAUAUUUCCACUCAUACGGUGACGUACGGCAAUCUAGAGGGCAAUGCCAAGCGACGCAAGCAGUACAGAGACAGCCUGAAAAAGAGGCCAGCGUCUGCCAAGUCGCGCCGAGAACAGGACGAGAUUGAGCUGGGCUUCCGAAGGCGCACUCACCACACCAUUCACCACCACCACCAUCAUCCAGUUUCACAAGGUCACCGUUCGGCUACCCCACCUGUUGAACGCAAGAGCCAGAGAGGAGGAAACUGCUCCUCGUACAUGUUCCGUGACAAAGAUAAUCUGAGGGACUUUUAUGCCGACCAGUUCCGAUCCAAAGACGGGCCAUCCCAGUGGGAGCACAUGGAUUUGAGUGACACUUCUGGAAUGGGUGGCGGAGGGGGUCUGGGUGGGGGCGGAUGUGGCGGCAUAGUCAGCAGUGGUGGUGGCGGGGGAGCGUGCACUAGUCUGGUUCCAGUGGACGAUUUCUUGAAAGGUAAAUCAAAGAAGACAGAGUGUAAGGGUGGAGUGGGAGGAUCUCCUGGUCAGCAGGGCCAUGCAUGCUGGGAAAAGAACAUUGGAGGGGUGGGAGGGUUGGCCGGCGGGGACUGGGAAUGCCAUAACUGCCACAGUGGAGGCAACAAACCAGUUUGCAUGCAUGGGGGAGGAGGGGGUGUUGGUGGAUCCGGUGCAGGUUGUGGGGGCAGCGGACAAGCCUCCAGCCGCCCAAGCUCGGCCACCUGCAAGCGGUGCGAUUCAUGCAAGAAGCCAGGCAACCUGUACGACAUCAGUGAGGACAAUCACCUCCUUGUGGAUCAGAUAGGGAGCAAGUUUCCUAUGGAGGCUGGGAAGGGAGGCAGUGGAGGUGGAGGGGCCCAAACCCAGGUUCAGAGGCGCAAGUUUGGCCCAGGGGGCAGGGUCUUGCGCAGGCAGCAUUCGUAUGACACAUUUGUAGAUUUACAGAAAGAAGGGGCAGGCAGAAUGGGAGGCUCAGGGCUUGGAGGCGGUGGAGGAGCAUCUAUGCUUCCUCAACCCCGAAGUGUGAGUCUUAAAGACAGGGAUCGCUACAUGGAAGGUCCAAGUCCAUAUGCCCAGAUGUUCGAGCGUUAUAAGGGAGGGGAGCGGGAGACCACGUUUUUUGCUGGUGGGGAUCGGAGUAAGGGAGGGGGCUCAUCAUUUAGCUUGUUCCAAGGUGGAGAGGGUGGGUUGCACCGUCGCUCGGUAGGUGAGAGGGACAUGAGGGACAGGGAUAAAAGCAUGAUGGGUGGAGGAGGUAUGGGGGGUACCCGAGGGGUUGGGACUUACUCCUUGUCUAAAUCUCUCUACCCAGAUAAGGUGAACCAGAACCCAUUCAUCCCAACCUUCGGCGACGACCAGUGCCUAUUACAUGGCGCCAAAUCGUACUACAUCAAAAAGCAGCAGGCACAGCAACAGACGCAACAGCAGCAACAGCUUCUCGACAACAACCGGGCUGACUUCCGAGGCUCCAUGGGGGUGACUUCUUAUUUGCCAGCCUCCGCCUCAUCUGGGGUUUUGUCCAACGUGGGACCCCGGUUUUCCAAGGAGCUGUGCCUGGCUGGGCCCCUUGGAAACCACCACGGAGGGGCGGCAGGCAACAACAAGCUGUUAUCGGCAAGGGACGGGUUAGGUAUGGGGCAAGGACAGAGACCGUUCAAUGGCUCAAGUAAUGGACACGUAUACGAAAAGCUCUCCAGCAUUGAAUCUGAUGUCUGA